CGAGAAUUCGUCCUUAGUGAUAAAAUGGCGGAUAAACAACAAUUUUUACACUUUCACCAAAUUAAGUUCCCUGACGUCUUUACACAUGCAACAAUGUUUUAUUGAUUAGCAUCCUAAGCAGUUGAAAUAUAACAGCAGAAUAUGACGUCCUCUUUAACUCGUUUUAUUAACAACUUUUCUGAAGAUGUCGAGAGUGAAGGAAACCUCAGCAAGAACAUACUCCUUCUCAGAGAACGAGCCAGACAGGAGGAGAAACAAAAGGCUGUUAAUUACUGGAAACUUUUACGUAACACCAUUCGUAAGGCCACACAAGCUGCUGUGGAAUCUGAUAUUAAACAAGUCAAUAUUUCACAUGGAAUGCACCACCAUAGAAAAAUUAAUCACCAGACAAAAUUAAAAUGCGUCCUUUUCAUAAAAGAAAGAAAGGAGUACUUGACUACUGAUGGGAAAGUGGUAGAGUUUUUUUUAGAGGAUGGACGCCGUAAACCAGAAAAGAAUAUGUUUGCCCCUGAAGAACCAAUGGAUAACAUAAUGUACUGUAGUGAGACUAAACAGUUUGUUGGUUGGAAGAAGGGAGAAGAUGAACUAUUUUUGAUGAAUGAUGAGUUUGAGAUUAUUUCACAAGCCAGAGUUCCCUCUAAGAUUGAUUUGGCCACCUACAACAACAGUACAGGGGAGAUAAUCACAUUUAGUCCUGGAUUUUGUGUGGGUUGGGCAUUUAGGUAUGGAGCCAGACAUCUGAUACCAAGAAAAAUGACCAAGACAAGAUUUAAAGAGGACAAAGAAACAAGAAAAUACAUUCCGUUUAAACAUAUGAUACUUGAGGAAACAGCCAGUAGAGCACAGAAGUGUUAUGUGUCAUUUGUCAAUAGUGUUGUGAUCUUUAAUGUGUUUGAAGGAAAAGAAGUUGACCAAAGACCCAACCUACAUGAAAGAGCCAUAUCAGCUUUAACAUACUUCAAUCCUCUAAAAUAUCUUAUAACAGCUGCUAUUGAUGGGUCAAUAAAAGUAUGGGACAGUAAAGAAUGGUUUCUACAGAUGGUGUUUGUGGGUCAUACUCAAUCAGUGACAUCAUUAGCUGUUUACCCAGAAGGCCCUGCAAUCAUGUCUUCCAGUAAAGAUAGGACUGUUCGAGUCUGGAACUUAGAUUCCUGCGAUGAAAUGGAUAGAGCCAAGGUGGAUGAGACACCAGAGGGUAUGGCUACAGAACUAAACUAUGAUAAGUUUCUAACCUGGUCGGGGACACAUGUAGAUAUGUGGAAAAUACAACAUCUGUAUAACAUACACACUGCUAUAGGACAAAGAGUGAUGGGAAUCAAACACACCUCCCAUCCAUUUCAUCCAGUCAGAUCUGUAAUAGUGAGCCAUGACUGUAGUAUUAGGAUUGUGUCGCCACCUACUGGAGAUGUGAUAACUACUUUGUUACUGGACUCUAAAGUUGGAGUGGUUGAUGCUGCUUAUGCUAUAGAAUAUGAUGAUUUGUUUGUUGUUACAAACAAUGGAGACAUUAUAAAGAGUAAAACAGACACAAAUCCUUGCAGAAUUAUCAACACAUGGAAAUGUGAGAAUCCAAAAGAGGCCUGUAACUAUUUACUUGUGUAUGAAUAUGUCCCUGACUUUGAUACUGAUGCAUGGGCUGCAUUUAAACGAGGUUUGGCAACAAAAAGUAUCAAGAAAGAUACUAGUGAUGAUGAAGACGAUGAAGAAGAAGAAAAAAAGAAAAAAUCCAAGAAAAGUCACAAUAAAACUCUCUUGCUUGGAGGAAGAAAAGAUGGCUACAUUUGUGUUUUUGAUUGGAUUACAGGAAAAGUAACAUUUAAAGUUGAUGCUCAUGGAUCUAAAGGAGUAUUGAGUAUGAUUGCCAACUCUAAACAAGAUCUGGUUAUCUCUGCUGGCAUGGAUAACUUCAUCAAAGUUUGGAGGUUAUAUCCAUUUGCAGAGGAAGCAUUAGCUCCCUUAAUGGAGCCUCUGUUUUGUGCUCAGACUCCAAUCCAUAUGACCAUGCUGAAGACCAAUCUGUGUGUAGCAUUACAACAACAGACCACAGCUACUUACUGUAUAGUUAUAUACAACUUGAAGGACAGAACUCACCAGCAAGGCAAAGCUGACUUAAAAGCAACCGCUGAGGUUUUAAAUAAAACUCUCCUAUCAGAGAAGGAAGAAAAUCGAUUUGACCAUUCCCCAGAUGAAGACCAUAAUGACUCUAUAACAGGCCUAACUAGCUGUCCAAGGCUUAAGUUGUAUGCUUCUGGUGGUAUGGAUGGAACCAUACGUAUCUGGAAUGAUGAAAAUCAACUGAUCAGGUUACUAAAGUUGAAGACUAUGCCAUACAGUCUAGGGUUCUGUAGUGAGAAGGGAGAUUUAUUGGUUGGCAUUGGAAACCACUUGUACCUUAUCCCUCAUCAACAUUACCUUCCAAAAGGAUACAGAUUGAAGAUGGUUUCUAUGAAGUUUGUCCAACCAAAGAAAGAACAGCCUUUACCCUUUGAUGCAUUGAAACUAAAGACACUGUCAAAGAGAGACUUUACUAGAAUAAAGAAAUCACAUUCAUCAUUCAAAUAUGAUCAUUUUGAGGACAAACUCACUCCAGAGGAGGAGGAAGAGGUAACUAGAGAAAAGAAAAUAAAAGAAGCAGCUUUUGCUGUGUUAUCAAAGAGAGAUUAUGAACUACAGAAAAUAAGGGAAGGUGAAUUUGCUGCCAAGAAACCAAAGCUGAUGACACAGGAAGAACAAGAUAGAGCAUUUAAGAACUACAUGAAGAUGUUUUAUGACAAACCUAGGUUAACAAUUCCACCAGAUGACCCAUUUCCCAGUGAUACUGCUAGUGAUUACAUGAGGAGAGGUGAAAUAGACGAAGCUGCUAAACAGAUCAAAGAUGAACCGUGGAAACCAGAAAGAGAACCAUCAGGUUUCUUCCCACCAUUGUCAAGAUCCAGUACAUUCAGAAAAUCACAGGGCACGCCACCAGAGCCACUGCAUGCUGCCUAUGAGAGUGCUACAAGUAGUGCUGCAAAGAGUGGUCUGGUACCUAACUCUGUAUUAACCAAAAUACUAUGGCCUCCACCACCUCCCCCACCUCCCAAGGAUACAUGGAAACUCCCCACAUUUGAGGACGGCAAGAUGGUUGUUCCUGAACCUGAGGAAGAGGAAGUAGAAGAACAACCUGUAGAAGAGGAAGAAACAGAAGACAAUCAUUUAGAAUUUGUUAUAGAUGACUGGGGAGAGAAAGAAAGUAUUAAAUCAGACAGUCCGAUCAUUUCACCGAAGUCUCCCGCCAAACGUGAAGUGACAUUUAGUAAGAAGGACACAGUUCAUGAGUUUGAUAAAGACAAAGAACUAGCCACACCUACCACUGGCAGUCGUCAAUCAUCUGGAUUGAUGUCGAAGUUCAAGGACAUUAUGUCUAAACCACCAUCUCAACAGGACGAUGACGAUGAUGCCUCUACUGUCACACUUACACCAAGAUCUCCAACAGAAAUGGCAGAGGCUAUCAGAUCUAAAGAAUCAUCCUUUGCUAAACCUCCAUCACCACCAAAAGAUCCUAAACCAGUAGUUAAACCACCGUCAAGAAGGGAAGUUAAACCACUUAAACCAUUGACGCUACCACCACCACAACCAAAGGUUGAAAGGGCUAAAUCUCCAACACCGAUGGUCAAACCAACAGCUCCACGACAACGCACACCAACACCACCCAGACCAGAAACACCACUACCAAAUUAUGUCACUCAAUUCCAGGGCUCUGAUUGGUUUGAUAAAUACUUCCCUAAUUGUAAUGAAAAUACUUUCCCUAAACCUUGGAAUGCUGACACCUUCAUGACAAUGUUAAGUAGACUGUUACGAGUGGCAGAGUAUGUAUUUAAAACAAAGAUCACCGAUUCUCUAUCCAUGUUAUACACACAGGAGAAUAUUUCUGAUCCUACGGCACAUUCUGUUAGUAAGACAAUUAUCUCAGUGUUAAAUAGUCCUAAGGAUCCACCAACUUGUCUCGUAGACGAUCAGAAGUCAUUUAUAGUGGCAGCUUUACAGGCUCUCAGUAAACUUGGUAUCAGGGAUAAGGAUUUUAUCACGGAAAUGAUGGUGCAAUUCCUGGAUGGGGAUAAAGAAGUCAGGGCAACAACAAUGGACAUGUUAAAUUCUUGUGGCUUACAGGAUCAACACAAAUAUUUUAUCAAGGAAUUAGAUUCCUGGGAUAUCUGGAAUGUGGAAGAGGCUGAUCGGAAAGCAGACUUACGGAAAAUGGUACAUUCUUGGCUAGACAGGUGGAUGACAUCGUACAAACUUCACUUGGAAGAUACAAUAGAGAGAAUGAAGAAAGGACAAAAUAUUCACGGAAAGUUAAAUCGUGGUAGUAAGGGUAUUCUAAGAAAGGGUAGUACAGAUACUGUCACUACAAUACCAGACAGGGCAAGCAUAACUGUAACAUUUGAUCAGCCCCCAGAUCAGUCCAUAGUAGAUAGUGCUACCUAUAUAGAUUGUAUUAACUACUUUGUGGAAAUGAUGAUGGAUAAGGCUUUAGAUGGACUCAGAAAAGGAGGAAAGAGGCCCCCUGGAGCUCAAGAAAAUGUUGUACAGGCUAAAAAUACAGUACUGGUGCUACCUAAAUUACCUCACAAACCAGCUUUAGUUAGACUGGGUGAGACACAUACAAGUCAGUGCAGACCACACAGAGAAACUAAUUUGCAUAUAGAUUACCGAUAUCCUUCAACAACAAACAGAGGUUAUCAACCUCCACCUGGAUCCCUGUCAGGAUUUGCACCUAGCAUAAACUUACCAAUGAAACCAGUAUACAUUAAUCCAUUCCCAUGUGAGGUAGAUAUGUAUGACACUCGAUUCCAAGAACCAAUACUCAUUACACUGAAAUCUGCACAGAAAUACUUUGUACCAGCCCAGUCAAUUGUGGCAGACAUGUUUGAGACAGCAAUCCCUCCAGCACGAUGAUUGUUUGAUAGAUGACACUGCAUGACGAUCACAUGACUUGGUUUGUCCCUCUGACACAGACACUAGUGUGCAUUGUUCUUGACAGAGACAAGUAAUUGGUUAUACUUAUGUUAAUAGCCGUACAGGAACCAAAAUCUGAUGAAAUAUUGUGGAUACAAGUAAAGAUCCAGCAAAUGCUUAGGAAGAACUGUUCCUACUGUUGUUUUGGGAAUUGAACUUUAUUUGAAUAUUUUAUGUGAACCAAGGUUUAGUAAUUCAAUGCCAAUGGGUCAUAUUUAAAUGAUGAUAAGUCUUGCAGAGACAAACAAACAAUAAGAAAUAUAUUUAUGGGUACUUGUGUUUUUUCUUUCUUGAAGUACUUGAAGCAUGGCUUAAUAUUCGCUAAUUUAAAAGUCGCAGUGACAUCCCAAAUUUUGUUUCUUCAGAAAGUAAAAUAAAAAUCAUGGUUAACCAUGGUUUUCUAUGAUUUAUUUAUCAGAAAUGAUCGCCAAUGUAACUUUGUAAAAGAAACGAACCAAUUAUUAUAAAUAUCAUAUGUUCUCAAUUAAACUCAAAUCAAAUAAGUCUAUGUUCAACUGUUCCCAGUUAAUCACUGCAACUUGAGCUUUAACAUAAGGAAGUGGACCAACUGCUGCCGACAAGAAAUGUAUGCAGACAUUCAGCUAAAGAAGCAUUUCUGUGAUACUUAUUUUUUAAUAAAAUAUAUUUUUAAGAUUAUUUAUGUCUGAACUUUUUGCAAAUAUGAAAUUUUACCUUUAAUGUCCUUUAAUUUAAUAGAUAAAACUGUGAUAGUGUUGUAAUUUUUUACAUCGACAUAGUUUGAAUUACAGUGUUCAUCCUGAUAAAAUGGGUUUGUAUUGAUUCAUGGGGAAAAGGCUAAUAUAGAUUUUGGUAUAUGUAAUUGUUAUUGCUUCAUUCCUUUUUCAUUUUGAAAGCAUGAAAGAUGUGUCAUGCUUUAGCAACAAAAUCAAUUAUAAUAAUUAUGCUUAUAAUUUAUCUUUUUCUAUUUUUCAUAGAAAUUUUUUUUAAAGACUGAAAAAACAAUCAAUUGUCAGAUAUGUUUUUUUUUUGUUCUGAAUAAAUUGUACCAUUUUAUGUUUUAUGUUUUAAAAUAUUGGAGCCGUUUUACUGAAAUAUAUUUUAUAUAUAUGUACUAGAUAUAGAUGAAACUGUCAUGAAUAAAUUCAACAAAAAAUAAAAUAUUUGGGUAUGAUUAAAGAAUCAAUGAUAUAGCAACCGAAAAAUACUAGUAGACCAAAACAUACAUCUAGAGGUAAUUGACUAUUGCUAAUCACAUCCUGGAAAUUGCUGAAUUUUUCCCUUUUAUUUCAAAUUGAAGUAAGAUGUGGUAUGAUUGCCAAAUAAGACAACUCUUCACCAGAGACCAAAUGACGAAGAAGUUACUCAAGUUUUUCACAUAGAGUAAAACAAGGUUUUGUCUUUUUUCUGAAAAUAAUCAAGUACAGGUAUAUAUUUAUUUGCAUUGUAUGAUUUUUGAAGAAAUAUUGAUGUUAUCCUUUAUAUAUAAGAAUUAUUUUACCAGAAUUACUACAUGAUCCCCCACAAACCAAGGAUUCUAGGUCAAAGUAAUUGGGAUUCAUAUAUUGUCAUUGGAACAAAUUUUAUAGAUUCUUGAAUACUUGAUUUGAAUAAAAUUCUUAGCAGCAGAACUCUAUAGAAAAUUUGUAUUUUUUAAUAGGAAAAAUUAGCACACAAUUAAUCAUAAUGAAACAACAGUAAUAUUAUGACUUUUGUAUCCCUCUGGUGACCUCUGGAUGUCUAAUUUGGUUUUCUAGAUAUUUUGACUUUUAUUAAUUUAAGAUCGUAUACUGUAACAUCUUGAUAAAAGAAAUAUAACGUAAUUAGUUACAAAAAAUUGUGACAUCAAGCCCUGAGAGGACACACCCCUUGGUCUCUUUUCCUUUGUCCAGUUCCCUUCUUCUUGGAAAGAAAACAUAGACAUGGAAGGCAGUAUUUAAUGACUCUUAUCAAAAUUCUAUUUUGUUUCACUAUCAUUAAAACAUUGGACACAGCCUUGGUUGAGACAAAAUUUCCAUGUCUACCUUCUUGGUUCUUCACUGUACUAAAGUUUAUUUUGUAUAAUCUUUGAUUUUACAGAAAGAUUGGAAAUAAUAAGAAGGCACUGCUUGUCUACUCUAUAUGAGUUGGUUUGUUAGGUAACAAAGUUACAGUUCAGACAUAAUCAUAAAUUGCAUUUAAAAUGUAUCUGAUUAAUAAGAAUUGAGUUAAAACCAUUUUUAAGGUUGAAAUCUUUUAUAUUAUAUGUAAGAUUUUAUAUUGCGAAAAAUUUGUUAAGAAAUCAUUCUGUUUACAUUGAUUGAAAUAAAAUUGUUGAAUGUGCAUUUCUCUGAAGAUUUAAAUAUUUUUAUUUUGUAUUAAGUUAUUUUGUUGUAUAAUUGACCAAUAAAAUUCAAGAUAAAUA